AUGGUUGCCACCAUUGUUAUUGCCCCCUUCGCUCUUGUGCUCGAAAGGAAAAUUAGGCCAAAGCUCACUCUCCCUAUUUUCCUCAGAAUCCUGGUGCUUGGUUUCCUAGAGCCAGUGGUGGACCAAAAUCUGUACUAUUUAGGGAUGAAAUACACUACGGCAACGCUUGCAUCGGCCACUGUCAAUGUGAUUCCUGCCCUUACCUUUGUAAUGGCAUUGAUUUUCAGGUUGGAAAGAGUAAAUAUCAAGAAGGUGCGCAGCAUAGCCAAGAUAAUCGGAACAGUAAUCAUGGUCCCCGGAGCAGUUAUCAUGACACUGUACAAAGGUCCGGCGAUCAAUUUCAUAAAGUUGCAAGGUGCAAGCCACCACACUGCCACCAAUGAAGCCGAGGCCAAGCAUUGGGUUGCCGGUACACUCAUGCUCCUAGCCAGAUGCUGGGGCUGGUCUGGUUUCUACAUUCUGCAGUCAUUUACACUGAAGUUAUACCCAGCAGAGCUCUCUCUUACAGCUUUGAUAUGCUUCAUUGGGACCAUAGGAGGUGCGGUGGUGUCGUUCGCCAUGGAAAGAGAUAUGAGUGUCUGGAAAAUUGGUUUUGAUUCAAGCUUGCUAGCUGCUGUAUAUUCAGGAGUGGUUUGUUCUGGAAUCGCAUAUUAUGCACAAGGAGUUGUGAUAAGGGAACAAGGUCCGGUUUUUGUUACUGCCUUUAGUCCCCUCUGCAUGAUCAUCACUGCAGCACUAGGAUCAGUUAUUUUGGCAGAGAAAAUUCACCUUGGAAGUAUAAUCGGAACUGUGAUCAUAAUCUUUGGACUUUACACUGUGCUAUGGGGCAAAAGCAAAGAUCAGCGGAACUCAACAACAGAAGAUAAGGGUAAGGUCCAAGAAUUGCCUAUCACGGACGAUUCUAAAUCAAUGAACUUGGAAGAUAGCAUCGAGGGACCUGCUAGAGUUUUAAAGAUCCCAACUGAGGACCAAUUAACUAGAGAAAUAUGAAAUAAGACUGUACAUUUGCAGCAGAGUUUUUUUCCCCGAAGCUAUGGAAGUGAUUUAUAUAUCUAAUCUCUUCCUCUGUACGAGUGUUUUUUUAGAAGAGAAUAAAUCGAUUGGGGGCUUUAACCUCUCAAUAUGUUAAU